UGUCUGUUGUGUUCUAAUAAUGGUUUUGUUGAAGAGUUUCCGGGAAGUUUGACUCUGCGGACACAUUUCUAACUUUACCGCAGUUACACAGAUGAUGCUGAGUGGGAGUAAGAUGUUGACAUCCUGCCAGCUGUGACCUGUCCAGAUGAUCUGCUGUUCUCAUCAGGUGCCUCCACCAUGGACAGUCUAAAGGCCUACAAAAGCCUGGAUGCUCAUAAUCAGUUUGUGUGUGGCUGGGUUUGUCGUCAUGAAGAAUGAAAAUCAUGUUGUGAAAUGCAAGGUCUGCAUUUAUUCUUGAAGAAAACGCAUCACAAAAACCUGAAAAUGAGUUCAUCUGAUGAUUAUGAUGAUGAGAGUCUGCGUCAAGAAAAUGUCUCAGAGUCACCUGAACGCAGCUUUGUGUCUCUGAAGAGUGACCGGUCAAUGGAUUAUCCAAUAAAAUUUGGACAAUCACACACACGCAUCAUGAAAAGUGAAAGUUCCUGCUCGUCUGGGCCCAGCAUUCAGUCGAUGAGGAGUGACAGAUCAAUGGAUUAUCCAAUAAAGUUUCCACAUGGAGAGAAAGAAAGAGACAAACCUGACGUGUCUCAUCCUUCCACGGGGCAGCUGGACGAUGGAGUCAAGCAACUGAGCCCAGAUUAUCCAGCGAUGGAGGAUAAGGAGCAUCAGAGCAGGACAGGAGAAUUGGAGCCUGUGUCACAAAGUUUCAAAUCCAAACUCCGGAAGAAAUUUUUAUUGAUUAAUGAGGGAAUCCCAAUGUAUGGAAACGUAAGACUUCUGAAUGAAAUCUACACAAACCUCUAUAUCACAUCAGAUUGUGAGAGUGGAUGUGUCAAUGAAGAACAUGAGGUCAGAUAUAUAGAAAUGGCACACAGGAGAUUACCAACAGAAGAGUCCAUCAAUUGUAAUGACAUAUUUAAACCCUUACCUGGAGAUGAGAAACCCAUCAGAACUGUGCUAACAGAAGGCAUUGCUGGAAUCGGGAAAACGGUCUCUGUGCAGAAGUUUGUUCUGGACUGGGCUGACGGAAAAGCGAAUCAUGAUUUGGACUUCAUUUUCCCCUUUAACUUUAGGGAGCUAAAUUUUAUGAAGGGAAAAAAGCUCAGUGUGUUGGAGCUUCUCCAUCGUUUUUUCCCAGAAACCAAAGAACUUAAAGCAGACGAUCAUCGCAACAAAAUCAUGUUCAUUUUUGAUGGCCUGGACGAGUCUCGUUUUACUCUUGAUUUUCUAAACAGCAAAAAGUUGACUGAUCUAACAAAGUCUGCUUCAGUAGAGGUGCUGUUAACAAAUAUUAUUAGCGGGAAUCUGCUUCCAUCUGCAUUCCUCUGGAUAACAUCUCGACCGGCAGCAUCCAGUCAGAUUCCUCCUACUUAUAUUGACAGAAUAACAGAGGUACGAGGGUUCCUUGACCCUCAGAAAGAUGAGUACUUCCAAAAAAGAAUCGGUGAUCGAAUCCUGGCAAAUAAAAUCAUCGCACACCUGAAGUCAUCACGAAGUCUUUAUAUUAUGUGCCACAUCCCAGUCUUCUGUUGGAUGGCAGCGACUGUUUUUGAGGGAAUUUUCAGUGCAGCAGAAACUGGAGAGGUCCCCAAGACCCUGACUCAAAUGUUCACACAUUUCCUGAUCUUACAGAUCAAACGUAUAUCCCCAAAGUACAAAAAACGUGAAAUGGGUCCUGGAGAGAUUGCAGACAUUGUACUAAAACUGGGAAAGCUGGCAUUCCAGCAGCUGGAGAAAGGAAACCUGAUCUUCUAUGAGGAGGACAUCACUGGAUGUGACAUUGAUGUCCAAGAGGCCACGGUGUACUCUGGAGUUUGCACCCAGAUCUUUAUUGAGGAAGUCGCUUUGCAUCUGGGGAAGGUGUACAGCUUUGUACAUCUGAGUGUUCAGGAGCACCUUGCUGCUGUGUAUGCAUUUCUCUCCUGUAUCAAUGGAAAUCUCUCAGAACAACAAACUCCUCGAACCUUUGGCCUCUCCAGCAAGGCAACACUGUUAGACCUUCUAAAGGCAGCAGUAGACAAGGCCUUAGAGAGUAAGAAUGGACACCUGAACCUUUUCCUUCGUUUCCUGAUGGGUCUCUCACUGGAGUCCAAUUCAGUUCUCUUACAAGAUCUGAUGACAGAGACAGGACGCAGUUCUCUGAGCACAAAUGCUGCUGUCACUCAAAAGGAAAUAACCAAAUACAUCAAGGAGAAGAUUGGAAAGAAUACAGUACUAUGCAAAUCCAUCAAUCUGUUCCAUUGUCUGAAUGAACUGAACGACCAGUCUCUGGUACAGGAAGUUCAAAAUUUAUUGAGUAAAACAGAAGAUAAUUGCCUCCAUGGAGUCAGACUUUCAUCAGUUCAGUGGUCAGCUCUGGCUUUCUUCUUGCUGAACUCAGAAGAGGUGCUGAAACAGUUUGUCCUCAAGAAAUAUGCAGCAUCAGAGCACUGUUUGCGGAAACUGUCCUCAGCGGUCACAGCAUCUAGAAAAGCUCUGCUGUGUGAUUGUAAUCUCACAAAGAACAGUUGUGAAAUUCUGGCCAAAGCUCUCAGCUCAGACUAUUCAUGUCUGCAAGAGCUGGACGUGAGUGAAAAUAAAUUACAGGAUUCAGGAUUCAGACUGCUUUCUACUGGGCUGAAGAGUCCAAAAUGUAAAUUGGAGGUCCUCAGACUUGGUGAUUGUGGUCUCACAGAGAAAAGCUGUGCGCUUCUCGCUUCAGUUCUUACCUCUGAGUCGACACGUCUGAAGGAGCUGCGUCUCAGCCGCAAUAAACUGCAGGAUUCGGGAGUGGAGCAGCUUUCAGACGCCCUGAAGAACCCACACUGUAAACUAGAGAUACUGAGCUUGUCUGAAUGUGGCAUUACACAGGAAGGUGGCGCUCAUCUGAUUUCAGCUCUGAUCUCAAACCCCUCUCACCUCAGAGAACUGGAUCUGGGCCGGAAUAAAAUCGGAGACCCGGGCAUAAAAUUAAUCUCUGAUUUCCUGAAGAACGAACACUGCAAACUGGAGACAUUAAAGUUGCACGAUUGUAACGUUACAGAAGAAGGCUGUGUCUCUCUCACUGCAGCUCUGAGUCCAGAUUCACACCUGAGAGAGCUCGAUCUGCGCUCGAAUCAUUUAGGAGAACGGGGACUGAAGCUGCUCUCUGAUAUAAAGAAGGAUGGAAAGUACAAACUGGAGACGUUGGAGCUGGGGGAUCCCUGGUGUAAGGAUGAAGUCUCGUGGAGAUAACAGCUCACACUGUUACCACAUUCUCACACUUUCUCAGUCAUCCAUCAUUCCUGACACACCUGCUUUGGACUUUCCAGCUUUUUUGGCAGAUGAGAAAUCUAGCUAAUUUUUUCACCUUUAAUCAAAUUACUAAUCAGGCAAACUUAGGUGUUUAAGUGGUGUUUAUUGUUGGCAUCUAAAUCAACAGAACGCCUUUAGAAUCAUAAAGAAGCUAGAAAUGGAGCAAAUACAAUACAGCUAUCGUAUAAAACCUCACGACUGAUUGUGCUGUUGGUUGUAGAUUUGUGUGUGUAUUGCGAGUGAGAGGGUUUGAGUCAUAGGCAGGCCUGGAAUUUCGUCAUUUUAGGGGCGAGGCAACUCGGCCUUUUGUGCUGUCAAUUUUUUGAGGGCACCAAGGCCAUAAAAUAAAACGAUAAUUUUAAGUUCACGUCUAUAACAAAUUUAAUUUAAGGACUAAUGACUCUUCUGAGGAAGAUUGGAGUCUCAGUCGAAACUAUCAAGCAGGUAAAGAAACAUCUACACUAUUAUGUCUGAAGAUAAGAAAAUAUUGAACAUGUCUAAACUUAUCAAUCCAUCACUCACUUCAAAAAUUGUAAAACUUAUUAAACCUAUAUCCUCCCAUAAUUUUUGCUCAAUUGACACCGAAUGUGCAAGAGCAUCUUCAGACUGUACUACUACGCAGAUUUUUGAUUCAUCAAAAUUGAGCCUGGAGUUCAUCAAACAGGGAUGUGAUUUUUCCGCGAAUUUGCGGAAUUCCGCUUUUUUUCACCUCAAAAUUUGAAAAAAAUUUUCAGUUUUUUCGCUCAAAAAUCCGCAUUCGUAUCCUAUUCGUUCCGACUUUCAGUAAUUCCGUCAUUGAGAUGAAACGAGGUACGUGAUUGGCCCAUCGCUCUGUAACAACCAGUGAACGCGCUUGUUAGAUAGCUGUACGUAAGCUCGCUUCAAACAAAGAGUUGAAAGAUGGCAGCCUCCGUGAUCGAGCGUAAAGAUGCAAAUCGAGUUAAAGAAAUCGACAGAAUAGUGAAAAACAAGUUCCGCUGGGAAUGGUUGGAGAAAGAGGUUGCUACAGACGUUGGACAUGAGACUGUGAGACAUUUGUUCAGCGAUUUCGUUCGGAAGAUCGAUCGUGCUGGGAAGGCUCUUUGCACGUGGUGCAACGAUACCAUGGACUAUGGUGGUAGAGGAUUCAAAGCCCUGGAAAGCCACACAAACAAUAAAUAAAUCCUUAAGUGAGUGAACACUGUAGUUAUGAUUAUCCUUAAGUGAGUGAACACUGCAAUAAGUUGUGAAUAUUCUUAAAGGUCUGAUGACACGAACAUGACUCUAUGCAAUUUCUUAAACUAUACAACAUGGCAAACAUGUUAGAUUUCUGUUAUAAUUACGUGAAAAGAAGCUGUUGUUACGCGAAUAUCCAACUUUUAAUUGCACAGCGCAAGAAAACUGGGUCCGUGGCUCGCGGCCAUGUUGUGACGUCAGCGGAAGAACACGCUGCGGUUCACUGGCUGUUCUACUCUGGUUCUACUCAAUGGAAAUGGCGCAUGAAAACGCUGGUGAACUCUCUAGUGCUAGCUCUUCCUCUUCUGGGAGUCUAGAAUUGUGUUGAUCUCUUCCGAAUAGAAUCUAUGAUGGCCUACCCUCUUUACCCUUUGCCUCUCGUUGCUAGGCGGCAGUUACAUGAAAGCCGCAAGCUUUCACAAGCAAAUACAUGACUGAUAUCACGCCGACUUUAUGAUUACAUUUAUGAUUAUCAUGUAGAAUCUAUAGCUCUACGUACCUUUAUCUUAUGUCGUUUCACAACACAUGUUCUGACAGGAGGACUGUCUUUGGAGGAGUCACCUUGUCCCAGGCGACUGCUGGAUCCGGCAUAGCUACUAGUAGACCCCCUCCGGAAUACUGUAGGCAGUGUUGCCAGAUACUGUUCAAAACCCACCAAAAUGCACUUGAAACCACCCAAUCUGGCAACACUGACUGUAGGCACUGCUGAUGGUAGUAACACACGUUUGUGCUGAACUGAACACCCAAGAGAUUCUUUUAAGCUGGGAAGGGUGUCAAAACAAUCCAAAUCGACACUUCUUAACACACACUGCGUCCUUUAUUUUUAUUAACAAGUAUUUAACAAGGAGUUGCUGUGUUAGCCACAGCUCGCGCUUCCUAAUAGCCCAUAAAAACAGCGCCAACUCAACUUCCUGCCUCAACCCCCGCACUCACUCUCGCGCACCCACACCUAAACUCCACCCCCCAGUUUCCCUAAAAGGCAUAUAACAUAAGAAACUCAACAGGUAACAGAACACAACACAGGUUAUCACAAUACAUAUAUAAAAUAAUGUAUAAUAAAAAUACUAAUAAUGACAAACUGAACACCUGUCGCAUCAACAACAAACUGGUAAGUGAGGAGGAAGAUUCUUUUGCUGAUGUCAUAUAGCCCCUCCUCCUCAUUCGUCUCCUGGGUGCUGCAGCCCCGUCAAAUUUGCCCAAAUAGCCGCGUUUUUUAUCAUAACUUGUAAAAUAGGCGCCUUCGUGAAUUAAUAUAUGGAUCAUCGGGAAUUACUUUUUAUGUUAUAAAACAUCGCCAAAGAUGUCAAAAACGUGUCAUCAGACCUUUAAGUGAGUGAACACAGUAGUUUUGAAUAUCCUUAAGUGAGUGAACACUGUGGAGUUAUGAUUAUCCUUUGGUGAGUGAACACUAGAGUUAUGUAUAUGAAGUUGACAUUGCUAGAGUAGAAACUGCAGGAAAAAAGUGACUGAUAUGCUGGAACUGGACAUGGAUGCUAGCAUCUUUUUUCUUUGAGAGUUCCUGAAGACUUGUGGAUGAAUUCUUAUGUUGCAUCAUGUUUGUUUGAAAAGGCACAUUUAGGUAUGUUUAACUUCUACAGUAAUUGAAAGUACCGGUAUACAUUUUGUUUUUCCUUAUACAAUUUUCUAUUUAUUCUAAUGCAGAUUUAAUUUAGAAUGACAUUUUUAGGUUUCAUGUUUUGGCUUUUUGUCAGUUAAGAAUCAUUGAAUUUACUAUAGGGGCUCAGAGUUGCAUGUUGACCAUUAAAUUGGCUUGAAUUUGUUAAUCAUGACAA